AUGGAAUCCGAAGAAUCUAGAAAUCAGAAUUGCAGCUGCAACAAAGGUAGCAUUGUGGACUCGCUAACGAGAGAGCUUGCGGACAAAGACGCAGAAAUUCAAAAUUUACGACGUGAGUUGUUUCUGGCGAAGGAACACGCUCGGCGGACACUUGAGGAGAAGCAGAAGCUUGAGUUAGAACUCAUGAAGCUGGAGAAAGAACACGUUGGCUAUCCCAAAAGAUACGACGUAGAUUCGCUCUGCACCUCAGAUGAAAGGACUCAGUUUUACACUGGACUGCCAAGCUUAGAUAUAUUUGAUGCACUACAUGAGUUUCUCGACCCAGGAGAAAAUGGCUGCAACAUCUUGAGGCAGAAAAAGCAAGGGCAGACACCACCACAGGUAGCAUGUGGUAGGAUGAGAAAACUCUCAACAAGGAGUGAGCUAUUUCUUGUUCUGGUUAGGCUACGCCUGGGGCUGUUCGAGCAGGAUCUUGCAGAGCGCUUUGGAAUCUCCCAGUCGACAGUGUCUCGCAUCUGCACAUCGUGGAUAAACUUCAUGUAUGUGAAGCUAGGAAAGUUGCCACUCUGGCAGUCUCGCUCUGUGGUGGACCAAACGCUGCCCAAGGUCUUUCUGGAGAAGUAUCCAACCACAAGGGUCAUUCUCGACGCGACUGAGAUUCGCAGUGAAGUAGCAAGUUCAUUAGGUCUCCAGUCGAGCACCUAUUCAACAUAUAAAAGUGCAAACACUUUCAAAGGACUUGUUGGAAUAGCUCCGAAUGGGCUUGUGAGCUUUGUGUCGGAACUUUUUACAGGGUGCACGACUGACAGAGAGUGUGUCUAA